AUGCCCGCCGUUGACGCCCCCUCUUCUGUCGAGGUCGCCGAGGACGUCCGAGUCCUAGGCUACGACCCUUUAAUUUCGCCAGCCCUCCUCCAGAAUGAGGUCCCAGCCUCACGAGCCUCCCUAGAAACAGUCGCUCGAGGCCGAAGAGAAUGCAAAGAAAUCAUCCACCAGCGCGACGACAGACUACUGGUUAUGGUCGGCCCCUGCUCCAUCCAUGACCCAGCCACGGCGUUAGAGUAUGCCGAGCGGUUGAAGACACUCGCCGAAAAGCUCUCCUCGGAGCUGUGUAUCAUUAUGCGAGCAUACCUUGAAAAGCCCCGCACAACCGUCGGCUGGAAGGGUCUGAUCAACGACCCGGACAUUGAUGAAUCCUACAAGAUCAACAAGGGCCUGCGAGUGUCGAGACAACUCUACGCUGACCUGACCAGCAUGGGUAUGCCAAUUGCAAGCGAAAUGCUCGAUACCAUCUCCCCUCAGUUCCUAGCCGACCUCAUCUCUCUCGGUGCCAUUGGCGCCCGCACCACCGAGUCACAACUGCAUCGCGAACUUGCUUCUGGUCUCUCCUUCCCUAUCGGCUUCAAGAACGGCACCGACGGCUCGUUAGGAGUCGCCAUUGACGCUGUAGGCGCUGCUGCCGCCAAACACCACUUCUUAGGUGUGACCAAACAGGGCCUCGCUGCCAUCACGAAAACAAGUGGCAACGAGGAUGGAUUCGUCAUUCUGCGUGGUGGCUCUAAAGGUACCAACUACGACGCCGAGAGCGUCAAGGCUGCAAGAGAAGCUCUCAAGAAGAAGGGACAAAGUGAAGUCAUGAUGAUCGACUGCUCGCACGGCAAUUCUAAGAAGAACCACAAGAACCAGCCACUCGUUGCUCAGACAAUCGGCGACCAACUGAGACAGGGCGAAGACGCUAUCGUGGCUGUAAUGAUCGAGUCGAACAUCAAGGAGGGCAACCAAAAGGUCCCCCCUGAGGGUGGUCUCGCGAAUCUCCAGAAGGGUGUCAGCAUUACCGACGCCUGCAUCGACUGGGACACCACUGUCGACGUGCUGGAGCAACUGGCCGAUGCUGUCCGGGCGAGGCGACAGGUCAAGGCGAAGCAGCAGAACGGCGCAAACGGCGUGAAUGGGCACCACUAG